ACAACUGCAGCGCGCAGGCACAAAUCCCACCGCAAUUGUCAUCGUUGCGGCAGCUCUGCCUGACGUUUUCCGACAUCGCCAGCAGCCAGCCGGCACCACCAUGGAACCCGAGGUGCAAGCACGGGUCGGUCUUCCGGUAGUGCUGGUCAACCGCGAUGGCCUGUACGUGAUCAUCGCCGUGCUGGGCGUCUCCAUCCUGGGAUGCGCCUGCGUCCUGACCUACUCGCUCGGCAACUACGGCAAGCUGAUGAAGUACGCCGAAGAAGUACGUAACUACAUCUUCCACCGUGAUACCAAGGCGGCUGUCAAAGAGCAUAGUGGUGGCAAGCAGACGACUGCCGCUGGCGACACCAGGCCGAGCGACGUCCGCUCGGUCACCGUCCAGAUUCCGACGCCGAACGCUUCGGCGAAUGGGCCGAGGGUAGACGCGGGACCGUCGCUCGGAGCAGGGCCCACUAACAGCGACAACGCCUCCUUGGUGCGGAGCGUCAAUGACACGUUCGUCGUUUCAGCCAAGCAGGAGGAGUACGGCGCGGCCGCGGCUGACCUGCCACUCUGGAACGCUUCGACUGCGGGCUACGGCAGCGGCUACGACAGCCCAUCGUCUGGAGUUGCCGCAACCGCACGCUAGUGUACUACCACCAUCGUGGCUCCUAACAUCGGCUGGAACGACAUGCGUCACAGAUGGUGACUGAACGUAAGG